CUUGUUUUCUAUUGUGAUUUAUGCGCCAAUUUGCAAACUUGUAAGAUUAGAAUUGUAAAGUGUAGAAGUUCGCGAAUAAAAAUGCCAAAAAUUAGCAAGAAAAAACCGGCGCCCUCUUCAUCGGACAGCGACAGUGGUCCAGAUGAUCGCAAUCAGCCACCGCCAAGCAAGAAAGGCAAAGAAGCCGGUAAGCCCGCUUCUGCUCCCGCCAAAGACAGUGGCGGUGAUGGCGCGACAUCCUGGACUUUGGAGAAACUGCGUCAAGUGCGCAUUAACGAGUUCCGUGGACGUAAGAUGGUGGACAUACGCGAAUUCUACGAAAAAGACGGAGAAAUAUUGCCCGGCAAAAAGGGUAUCUCCUUGUCCAUUACACAGUGGAAGAAGCUGCUGGAAGUGGCCGAUGAAGUCAAUCGGGCUGUAGAUGAUUAGCUCAUCCCAUUCCACCAAAGUAAAACUCAAUCACACACACAUACUCCAAUAUGUGCUUAAAAGCAUUUUCUCUGCAUUUCAAAUUGGAAUUUAAAUGUGCCAAAGAAAGCAGUAGAAUGUGCAAAAAAACUUUAUUUGUUUAAUUGCUAUUUAAAUAAAAUAUCUUAAAAAUGU